AGCGAGUAGGAUUGGCUGUCAGGAGUGAUCGGUCCGGCGAAGCAGUAGGAGGUUCGAGUCGCCAUUUUGGCAGGUUGUGAGAACCUUCUGUCGUCGCCGUGAGCCGAGCUGUCGUUCGUCCAGCUGAGCCCUUUACGCGCGCGCGAGAGAGCUCUUCCGGCUGGAUCGAGUCGGGAAGGCAAAAUUAGACCGGCGCUCAUAAAAUUAAAAAAAUUUCGGAAAGAAUUGACGGGAAAUAGUUCUGCGUAUUGUAAUUUUUCUUUUCCUGUCGGUGUUCUUGGUUUCGAGGUACGUUUUGCUAAUUCUCGUGGGUGGUGUGCAUUUGCUAGUACUAUCUUCAAAAUUGAAGAACGAUUUCUAAUUGUGAUAGUAUAACGCAAGAAUUGGAUUGAAAAAUACGUAAGCUUCAAAAAGUUCCAGUGUGACAGAAGUAACGACACUAUGGCGGGACAGACAAUCAACGAUAGACUGUUGGCAGCGAGACAUAGCAUCGCCGGCCAGGGUCUUGCUAAAGCUGUAUGUAAAGCUACUACAGAAGAGAUGAUAGGUCCGAAAAAGAAACAUCUCGAAUACCUCGUGCGAUGUACAAACGAACCCAACGUGUCGAUACCUCAGUUGGCGAAUCUGUUAAUAGAACGAUCACAGAAUACGAACUGGACAGUCGUUUUCAAAGCUUUGAUUACAGUACACCAUAUGCUUUGUUAUGGCAAUGAGAGGUUUACACAGUAUCUAGCAUCCAGCAACAGCACGUUUCAACUCAGUAAUUUUCUUGAUAAAAGCGGCGUCCAAGCAGGAGCUCGCAUCGGCUAUGACAUGUCACCGUUUAUCAGGAGAUAUGCAAAGUACCUCAAUGAAAAGGCUCUUUCUUAUAGGACUGUGGCAUUUGAUUUUUGCAAGGUGAAGAGGGGAAAGGAUGAUCGUACUUUACGUACAAUGAAUGCUGAGAAAUUGUUGAAAACCUUACCAGUACUACAAUCACAAUUGGAUGCACUAUUGGAAUUCGAUUGUACUGCCAAUGACCUAACCAAUGGCGUUAUAAAUAUGGCUUUUAUGCUUCUUUUUCGGGAUUUAAUUAGAUUAUUUGCAUGUUAUAAUGAUGGCAUUAUUAAUUUAUUAGAAAAAUAUUUUGAUAUGAAUAAAAAACAAUGUCGCGAGGCUUUGGAUCUAUAUAAAAAGUUUCUCAUACGAAUGGAUCGGGUUGGUGAAUUUUUAAAAGUUGCCGAAAAUGUUGGCAUUGAUAAAGGAGAUAUACCUGAUCUAACAAAGGCUCCUAGUAGUUUAUUAGAUGCAUUGGAACAACAUUUAGCUUCGUUAGAAGGAAAGAAAGGUUCUGCAGCAAAUACUCCCACGCAAUCUGCAAGCAAUAGAACGAAUGUAAAGUCGGGAGUGUCCGCCCUGUCUUCCACCAGUACUGCGUUUGGAACAGCAGCUAGUAAUAACCGCCUUGACCAUGCCGGAAAUGGACAUAUCGAUGAAGCGCUUCGACAACAAGCUCUUGCUGAAGAGGAGGCUGCUAUGAAUCAAUACAAGGCAAAAGUGCAAUCUCCAUCCAGUGGCCCCAGUACGAAUCCAUUUCUUAGUUCACCGACAAACAAUGCUAAUCAACCAAUUGUAGAUUUAUUUGGUGCACCAUCAACGAUAACGAAUACUGAAAGCCAGCCACAAAAAGCAUCAGACGAUUUACUUCAAUUAGCAGGCAAUCCAUUUGCGGACAUGUUUGGAACACCUCAAUCUAUAGCUGCACCGACUACACAAGCACAGAAUAAUAUGUGGAUGACUAAUGGUAACGGUUUUGCUGCAGUGCCUCCAGCAAAUAAUAAUUUUGUUACAGAUAAUAGUUUCUCUUCUGUAUUUGGUAAUCAAGAUUCUCAAUCUGCUGGUGCUCCAGGAACGGCCGGAUCCGUACCAAACCCUUUUAUGUCCGACUUCCCUUCCCUCGGUUCCCAGUCAACGCAGCCAAACGCAGCCGCUUUCGGUCUCUUCGAGCAGGGUGCCGCGACCAAUGUUGCUGCUAAUACGAACAGUGGUGAUAACCAGCAACAAACGCAGACCGGAGACCUGUUCAGUGCUGGCGGCCAGGCAGAUCUCUUUGGGAGCGACUCUGCAGUGCUCAAGACCGUGGAGGGUGUCGCUGGGGAAGCCGCAGAUACGGCGUCCUCUGUGACUCUAGCCUCCGGUAAGUCCACUGCCACGCCGCCUCCCAGACCGCCGCCUCCCGCGACAGCAAUAAACGGUACGCCUAGACCAGCUUCUCCAACGGUGUCCGGAGUGGCUGUUGGCAAAUUAUCUUCUGGAACAACGAUCACUACCGCCACCGCUCCAAGUAAGAGCGCGUUUGACGAUCUGAACGAUAGCAUUCGAAUGGCACUGGGCGGGUCUCCGUCAAGGCCGGCACCCAUAGCUCAACAACUGCCGACCGCGCAACAAGCACAGCAACCUCUUCAACAGGGUUUUGGCAUGUUUGAUAUGGCUACCAAUAUGGCUGCCACCGGGCAGUCGGUCAUGUCAGGCGGACCGAUGGUCGGCUACGGUAUCCCCACCCAAGUCCCGGCGGGGUACGGUUCCCCGGCAAAGCAACCGAUUUCAGCAGGACAACAACAGAAUGCAGCGUCUACUGGUAAAGUCCUGACUGGAGAUUUGGAUAGCAGUCUUGCUAGUCUUGCUCAAAAUUUGACCAUCAACAAAAGUGCUCAGCAACAAGUCAAAGGUAUGCAAUGGAAUUCGCCUAAAAAUGCUGCCAAAACUGGUGGCUCAGCUGGAGGAUGGACACCGCAACCUAUGGCAGCUACAACUGGCGCUGGAUAUCGUCCAAUGGGACAAGGAAUGACACAACUUCCUUCAACUCUGGGCUUUCCUCCUCAUCCUACAUCAUUGGGAAUGCAAGGUGUGCCAAUAGGCAUGCAAAGUAUGCAAGGCAUAAGACCUAUGAUGAGCACAAUAUCUGGUGGUCCUGGUAACAUGAUGGUCACAGGAGGAGCUGCACCAAUGAUGAUGUCUAGUUCAAAUUCGAUGAUGGGUACUAACCUUCAACAACAACCACAGCAGCAACCACAGCAGAAUAUUGCGCAACCACAAAAUAAUCAAGUUCAACUUGAUCCAUUUGGUGCCCUGUGAACAAAUUAGGAGUUUUUAUUGGAACCAAACAAACAAAACAACUUUGUAAAUAUCAUGUAAUAUGCCUAGGAAAUGUGCCCCGCUUGCUCUCGUUAUUCUAUGUCAUUUGUAACGAAUCGGCACGCGUAAAGAAAAAGAAGAAUAUUGAAGCUUAUUGUUGGAUCGUCCUGUGGGAAAUGCAACGGUGCCGACAAAUAUAUAUAUAUAUGUAUAUAUAUUAAAUAUAAUAUAUAUACACAUAUAUAUAUAUAUAUAGUAAGUCCGUAUAUAUAUAUAUUUACUGCUAAUUGGGUAUAAUCACAUACGGAUUUACUCAAAUUAUGGCAGUUGCCUUAAAAAAAAUACACGUAGUCUCAGCCCUCUUCCCUUCCUAUUUUGUGAUGCGAGUAAAGUAAUAUAAAAAGAAAAAAAUAGAGAACUUCGACAGAAUUACAAAAAAAAAAAAAAAAAAAA